AAUUUUGGGAAAUGGAAAUUUCCAGUUCGUCGUUGGAAACAGCCGAUCAACCAUCCGGAACAGAGCUUGAGACACUCAUGAAAGCAAUCCAAGAUAUUCCGAACGAAGCUUUCGAUCAGGCGCUGAACAUCUUCUUGGCUCUGAAGGACAUCAAGUUCAAUCAACCAGUUCUACGGCUGCAGAAGGAUGUUUAUGUUUCCUUUCCUGAGAAUUCUCUUGACCCAGUUUUAUUUCAGAUUAGGAAAGAUGCCUUCGUUUUAGUCAGAGAACUGGUCAAUGAGCAGCUCAAAAAGAUUUGUUACCCACCAAGGUCCGAGCUGAAAAUGGCAAUCAGAGUUCUUGGAAUGCUCUUCCAGGAGGCACCCUCCAUCAGCGUCCUCUUCGGGGAGGACCAACGGCAGAUUCAUCAAUUACUAUCACAGCUUCUGGUGUUGUACGACAGUCUCCAACCAGAUGAACAAGAAUACGUUGUGCCGAUGAUCUUGGACAUCUCUAUUCAUAGCAACACAAGCAAUAAGAUGGUGGGUAAGAGCCCUGAUGCUAUUGCUUUGCUUAUCAAGGCCUUGGGGACUGGAAGCACUGAUAGUAGGAGACAUGCAGCCAAAGCCAUUCUCAAUUCCAACAAGGCGAUGCUCAUUGAGUCAGGUGUUAUGGAGGCCCUUGUUAAAAAUGGAGUAGUGCAGGUAAUUCUCAACAUGAUCACUGAAGAAAAGCUUGCGGAAGAGAUGUUGGGGUUGCUUGAGAUGCUGUCAGCUAAUCAGGAAGCCCUCCAUGAGAUAAAUAGAGCUGUGCCUUUGUUGCUGCAGAAAAUCAAGUGUAGAAGAACUCAUUAAGUCAUGAGAUGUUGAAGACCAUGGCCCACAACAUGAUUGAAUUCUCACCCCUGUGUUUUCCAGCAUAUGCACAAUGAUCUGAUUUGAUGCAAUAUACUUUCGAACAGAGAGCUACAUAUUCAAUCCCCCCAGCCCACCACUCAGUUGCCCUCAUGUAUCAGGUUCGGAUAAGCCAAGAGUCUUUAUUCAUCAUGAAUGCAGCUAUACAUGCUUUUGUUCUUACAUCAGAUUCUACUACUAUUAAGGUUUUAGCCUUUUUAUGA